UUUAUAUUCAUUUAUUUAUUUAUUUCGCACUCAUUCUCACUCGAGCUUAUUUUAAAGCGCCUCUUUGUUGAAACGCGAAUGCAGUUUCUUCUCUGCAAAUCGAAUAUUCUCGACUAAUCUUCCUAAAAAUCUACAUUUCAGCUGUUCAUCAGAGUCCUUUUGUUGUGAACGUGAGAUGAGAGCGUUGGUAGUCUGUGUCUUUAACGAGGGUUUGCGGGCUGGAAAGGAAACGUGGCCGAGAAGAUUGACUGAAUAUUCACCUCUGCUUUAUUUUCAUCACUGAUAAAAUCCUGAAACAUAAUUAAACGUGAGGUCGUUGCCAGAACUGGUGUAGGUUUUGAUACUAAUUUAAUGAAAGGUUCAUUUCUAAAUGUCCAACAAGACAUAAACGGGCUUUCAUUCAGGAUUAAAGUAACCAUUUCCAUUUUAUAAGCCUAUAGACUGCAGACUGUUUAUUACCAAGUUAUUGACAGCUAAUAGGAGCUCAUUAAAUGCUUGAGGUUGUAAAUGCUGUAAUUGUGAACACAUGUCUACAGCUCAGGGUUUUUGUUUUUUUUUAAGCACUCAUGGGAUUAUUUUUAUUUGAAUGACAUAUUACCACAAAUUUUACAUGUGUGAAAGUGUGAAAACAGUGUUUUUUUUUAACCUUCAGGCUCAGAUCAGGGGGUAAAGUUAUGGAAGAGCAUGUGAAACAGCGAGGAAGACUGUCUGAAGUGAAGUGUGUGAUCGACUCUUCUUGAUGCAAGCAAAAGAGUGUUUUUGACAACACGCCAGUCUACGCCACUGGGACAUCUGAGUCAACGCCUGGCUCUGACAGAUGUACACAUGGGUUACACGCUCUGUGAGUGACUAGGAUAAAAGGCUCGACCAGAACCAGCACACACCCGGGCCGAGCUUCGACACAGACAUCAGUGGCAGUCAUGUCCCUCUCUACUGUGCUAGCAAAGGCGUUGUAUGAUAAUGCAGCCGAGAGUCCGGAGGAGCUGGCUUUCCGGAAAGGCGACAUCUUGAUGGUGCUGGAGCAGGAGCAAGCUGGCGGGCCGGGCUGGUGGCUCUGCUCCCUCCACGGGCGCCAAGGCAUCGCCCCUGCUAACCGCUUACGGCUCCUCCAGACAGCACCGGAUGCCCGCCGUGCUCCCAGCGUGGACUCGGUUUAUCUCUCUCCUGUUCAGCAGGGUCACGUUAACGGGCAUCGCAUGGAAGAUGGUGAUGGAGUGUAUCUCUCUCCUCCGAGCCUGGCUGAAGGGGUGUACCAGAGUCCUGGAGGGGCUUCAGGACCAGGCAGUCGCCCACGCUCCCAUUCCAGCUCUGGUGCCAGGCCACGGCCCGAAUGGGCAGAUAUUGGAGUUGAAGGACGUCCACGCUCACCUUCUCUCAGAGUACGGGCAGGAGAAGUGGGCUCAGUGUAUCAGACCCCUGCCACAAUGGCACCACUAGGCACACAGUACAGAUCUCAGGGUGCCUCUGAGUCAGUGUACCUGUCUCCCAGUGCUGUGCCCAGAUCUACAGCCGACUCAGGCGGUGAGGCUGCUUAUCUGAGCCCGAGAGAGUCGAGCAUCACAGGCCAUUCAGACGCCUGCUAUUUGGUUCCUCGGCCAACUGUGGCAGCUUUACCUGGUGAGGAUUUUUAUCAGAGUCCCGUGAACACCGCUCCAGUGCCAGUGCUUCAAGACGUGGUAACCAUCCAAGUUAAAGCAGGUCAGGAACCUCCAGGAAUGUACCAAACUCCAAGUGCGCCAGGGACAGCCAUGACAAGGACUCCACAAGCCGAGCGCAAACUAUCUGUCGGAUCUGCCGUGGUAUCUUCUGCCUCAGGACAAAACGUAAACACACCCCCUGCAAGCAGGCCAUCCUCUAGACCGCAGGGUCAGUGUACCACUCCCCCGGUGGGUCGUGGAAAAACAUCACAGGCUACCGUGAAGGGAUCCCCUCUUCUUGUGCGAACUGGGAAAUCCGUGCUGCCAGGGUCUCCUAACUUCCUCCGGAAGCCUCCUCCACCGGCUCCGCCGGUUAGAAGUGUGACCCGGAAGGAUUUACCUCAGGGUCAGGCACCUUCACCGGCCGCAAAACCCACUAUGCAGGCAGGUCCUCCAGCAGAGACUGUUAAAGAGGAGAAACAAAGACAGAUAAGUAAAGAUGGAGGGAAGGACAUGCAGAUGAUGAAGAAAGAGUGCAUGGCUUCUGAUGACGGAAAACAUGGUGAUCAGGUGUAUGACACUCCUCCUACAAACAGAUGGCAGCAGCCAGUUCCAGUAUCUGAGGAGAGUGAGAGUAUCUAUAACACCCCUCGUGCCGUCCCCUUACACACUGAACAGGGAUCAGAGAUUUACGACGUUCCCACCCAUGCCCUGAAUCCACCCUCAGACCUCCAGCAGCAGACCUACAAUGUCCCGGCAUCACUUCCACUGAAUGAAGACAUAGAAGAAGACGUGUACAGUGUUCCAAGUCUUCCAGGUCUGCCAUUAGACUCAGGUGAAAUGCCUGGACCCGUGGGCGAAGCAAGAGGAAACGCUGAGGUUUACUCCAUCCCCAGUCCUGGAAAGUCAGACUUGGCGUCUGAGGAUUUCUCUGAAGCAGAUGGCGGCAUUUACGACAUGCCCGCUCUCUCGUUGGACAUUCCUGCAUGCCGUCUUUCUGCGUCCAGCACUGGGUCAGGUGACAUCCAGUGGAAAAGUUCUCUCUCAUCUCUUGUCCAGUCAGCUCUAAGCUCCGCCUCGGUCGCCGCCACACCUUCCCGGGACCUGGCCGCGUCGCUGGCUGAGAUCUUGUCAGUGUGGAAAGCAGGUCACUCGGGUGAAGUCCCGCCUUCUCUUCAGCAGGCAUGGUCUCGUCUUGCAGACCUCCUUCCUGCCCUCUCGGUGUGCGGUCCCUCCCCUCCAGCAGACGGUCUCCUCACGAUGGUCCGCCGAGCUCUUGAAGACUCCGCCGUUUUUUUGCAGAGUCAAACAAGACCCCGUCUGCCCUCUCAGGAGUCUCUGUCACGGAGGCCACUUCCUGCGCUGCCAGUUGCCGAGGUGAAACCCAUGGCGGGGGGAAUGGGAUCUCGCAAGGGCAGCUGGAUCCAGGAGCGCCCACUCCCCCCUCCUCCUGUUCCUGCGUUUCCGUUGCCUCCAGCACCUGCAUGUCUUCCCCUUGCCGGACAGAUGAGUGAGGAUGAGCAAGGGAACGAGUACGCAGGGAUCGGGCUAACUCCUGCACCUCCAUUGUACCCUGCAGGAGACAGUGUAGGAUACGUCAAGCUGCAGGGAAAGCCCGAGCCGCCUCCUGACUUACAGGUUGAAACUGGCACUUCGCAGGUCAUCUCUACAAAUGAUAUCAGAUUGAGUCCCUCUCCUCCUCUUCCCGUCUCUCUGUCUCUUGAGGACUCCGAGCUUCUCUCCUUCUACUCAUCCCAAAGCCUGUCUCACCUCUCCUGCCUGGCGGACGCCAUCGACUCCCUGUUCAGUAGCGUUCAGGGGAACCAGCCGCCGCGGAUCUUUGUUUCCAGGGGGAAGAAUCUCAUCGUGACGGCGCAUAAGCUUGUUUUUAUUGGAGACACGCUCGCUCGUCUCCUGAGCUCCACCGACCUCAGGGCGAAGGUCACCACCUCCAGUGGACGUCUCUGUCAGGCCCUGAAGUCUGUUGUCGUCGCCACCAAAGAUGCAGCUCAGAAUUACCCAUCAGUCCAGGCAACACAGGAAAUGGUGGACAGAGUGGCCGAGCUAUCCCAGCAUGCCGCUGGCUUCUCUGGGCUCCUUCAGCGACUAGCAGAAAUAUCUUGAUGUCGUCUGUCUUUUUUUUAUGACAAUGCCUUUUUUUCAUGACAAUGCCUUAUUUGUAGUGCAUUAUUAUUACAUUUUGUUUUGUUCUUAUGCAGAAGGGUAUCAUGAUUGUGUCUGAUUCAUCGCACCGGUACUUAGUGAUUUGAUGGUGGAGUGUCGAGAUGGUUUAUGUGCGAUUGUGUGUGUAUCUAAGUGGGAAUAUACCGGUUUGUGAUUUGUUGAUCUUUUUUUUGUGUGCCUAGCACACGUCUGUGUGUCUUAAUAACUUAUUGAUGGGUGUUUGUUUUGGUGUGAGGACACGUGUUGCACGUUUUGUAGUGGUUUCAUUUUUGUGUUGGUUUGGUUUACUGAAGCGGUCAUUGUACUGCCGUCAGGUGCAGUUCUUUUCUUUUUUUUACAUUUACGAAACAAAAGGCUACUGGGGAUAUUUUUUUUCUUUUUAUACGUAGCCUCAGUUUCACCUGCUUCAGUUUAUGCCUUAAAUCUCACGUCACAUGUCACACAAGCGCUUUCAUACACAAUUCAUAUUUAGUACUGCCUGGAACACGUGUUUAUGCACGGAGGCAAGAAGGGACUAUUUCAAAGGGAUUGCUUUUUUUUCCUGUGAUCAUUUGUAAUUUUGUCCUUUCCCACGACGUUGACUAAGUCUGGAACCAGUUUAGCGGGUUUCGUUCCUUCUUUCCUGUCGAUUUUUCACAGCCUUGCGUUUCUUACUUUUUUUUAUCCCCAUUUUCUCUCAUUUUACUUCCUUAAGCACCAGUUCUGCAUGUGAAGACAAAAGCAUGUCUGUGUGAAUGCAGUUCUGGGAAAAUACUCUCCACUAUAUUAAUCAAUAAACCAUAACAUUAAAAAAAAAAAAAAGAAGACAGAAGCAGAUAUACUCUAUGUGCAAGGUUGUAAUAUUUUCUCAUAGGCAUGCGCCAUGCCUUUAACUGGAAUUCAGACAAUAUAUAAUCAAUCAGUUUAUAUUCAGAAAUACCGGUGUGUGUGUAAUAAUGUCGUCAGGAACAAUUCAUAAGCAUGUGUUUUACUUAACUUCACUUUCUAUGGUGCAUCCACAAGUCCAGACAUGAGCUUGUUGCUUGUCUGUCCUGCUCCCUCAUGGUUACACACCUGUCCCCCAUGGCUGAUAAACACAGUCCACAAUACUAGGACAUCUUUACAUAUCUUACAUAUGUUUUAAUCUCUUGAUCUCAAUGUUUAAGAUUCGCUUUUCCCAGCAAUGUGAUGAAAAACGCCCUGCAUAUUGUUCUCACCACCUUCUCAGUGUUAUCAUUAAACUCAUGUACAGACAUGCUGGUUGAGUUCAAAGACGGCAACAUACUUGUUAUUACCAUUGUAUCUGUUGCCAUUUAGUAACCUAGAAUAGUGCAGCUUGAACGUAUGAAUAUAGACAUGCAAUAAUCAAUAUUCCUGCAUAUGAGUCAGGGCUAUAACAAAUAAGUGGCCACUUGCAGGUCAAAAAGAAGAAGGCUGUGCAAGGAGCACAACAUAAUAGCAAUGUACAUGACACAUUUGAUUUCCUUUAACCUCUGUACAGGCAUAUAUCAGUUUAUAAUUUCAGUCAUGUACGGAUGGACUAGCUGGCUUUAUAUAACCCAAUCUAAAUUUAAAUUAAAUGUUUAUAUUUAAAACAGAAAUGAUUUCGUUUAGGUCUACAUACAAAUGUGAACUCACUGUUUUGAAAAAGCAAAGUGCAUCAGAUUUCGUGUCAACUAGGGACGUUUUGUUCCUUUAACCCGUUAAAUGUUUAUUUCGAUUUAUUUACACUAAUACAAUGUUGAAUUUGGCCAUGAGGUGAUGAUUGAAGCUGUGCAAAAAUGGUGCCCUACUUCCUUUAUCCAGCAAGCAGUAAUGUGAAUUAUGUGGAUUCAUUCAGUUCUCUCUGGAUGUCUUUUGGACAUUAAUAACUUACAUGGUAUGAGUAGAUAAAUAUUCAUACAUAAAAAAAUAGUGCACUGUGUAUUGAAUAGAUGGUAAUUCACAAAUGUGGAAGGAGUCUUCCAGUUGAAAAUGGCGAUGGGAAAGUUGGCAAGUGAUUGCUAAAAGCAGUAUUGUAGUGCAAGGGUAGUCGUAAACACACAAAGGCUGUACAAAGCUCAGUUUUUCUCCUUGCAUCACUUUCUGCUUUGUCUCACAGCGCCCCCAAGUGGACCAGAUCAGUAUUACAGUCACUGCACGGCCCGACAUUACAGUUUGAAGCAAAAAAUAAUAAUCUCUGGUUUAAAGUUUAACGACUUUACACCUGUUUGUUUGAUUGUAUCUAUUCUACUGAGUAAUAUAUUCAAAAGCUUCUAUGUCAAUCAUAAAUGCUCAAAAACUAUUGAAAACUGUGUUGUGCUUAGCUGAGAUGGUCUUAAAGAAAUCAUUCUAAUUGUUUUGAUUUUACCAAAUGUAUGCAUGACUUUUUUUCCUUUAAAAACACAAAUAAAAUAUAUAUAUAUGCACAUGUAACCAGGGAUGUCUCCAUACAACUGAUUAGUAUUCAAACAUUACUGUAACAAUGUGGAGAUUUCCCCCCUUUUUUGUACCAGAAUGUAUUUUUUACACUCAUUUGUUUUCUUACUUUACAACUUCCUGGGUGCUUAACGGAGCUUGACCUCCUCCGGUACUUGUCAUAAUGCAAAUUUUAUUUCAAAUACAGUUUUUGUUACAAUG